AUGGUGACAGUAGUUCGUAUGUUACCUAACGCUUACAAUUUGUCGUGUAUCUUCCUAAUUUUACUCCUCGGUUAUGGUCGGUACACUUCAGCAGUCCUACCACAAUGUAUCAUAGCUGUGACCAAACGAAGCACGGCAAACACCACCUGCAAUAGCAGACGAAUACAAGCCGCUGUAAAAAGACACCACAUCACACUUCUGGGUCCUGAAAAGCCAUUUCAACCAAUACUUUUACGAUGUCCAAUAUGUUUCGAAAAAGACGAGAAAGAUUUCGUCUGGAAAUUUGUGCCUCGUUCAACCGGCCCGCCAUUAUUUCGUUUAGCUAAAGAUUCCGCAUAUGACAGUUAUUGGACACUGGAUGAAAAUAAACUUAUGGAUGUGCCAACUCAGUCAGGCGAGAAUCCGUGUGUUUAUCCGAAUUCAAACGAUUUGCACAUCGUAGUUCGUGAUCUAGGAAAACAAAUUGGGACAUAUGUGUGCUCUUAUGCGAAGAAUAAAGCUCAUCCGGCAAACUUUAUUUGGUAUCAUGUUGAUCAAAUUGUGUCGCAUCGAACAAAUUCUCGAGCUGUCUCAUUCAAAUUUUUAUCCGGAUUACCCAAUCGUGUAGAAAGUUUGGAACAAUUGCAAAUUGUUCAAUCUCGUGUUCGUAAAGAAUUAGAAAAGUAUCAGUCGUGGAAUGACCAAACUGCCGGUCCUUUUGUGAUGACCAGUAUAAUGUCUGAAGAAGAUGUCUAUUUGGAUGGAUGUGGACCACUAACAAUUCGUCAGGAACGACGUUGUUUUAUUGGAAUCCCGGUCGAGGAACCGCCUACAUACGAACAAGAGGAUUAUGCGUUGAUAUACCGAUCGCUUCGGGACGCAUUUGAUUUCCUCGUCUCAUUUCGUGAUCCCACCGGGCUGCCCAGUGAACGACUCGCUCAGUCUGCACGAAAAAAAGCGAAACAACUGGGGUUUCCUAUCCACGGGAACAGUAGUUAUCUGUUUAUCCCAUGCGAAUUCAGUUUGUAUCGUCAUCUUUUCCGAUUUGGUGAACGAUUUCGCGAGUUUCCGCGACCCGGUUAUCACGUCGAUGUGAAUUACGAUGUGAUAUGUCCAACUUUGAGCACCCAUGAUUUGACAGAAUUGAUAAAUAUAACAACAUUGAAAAAUACUACAUUCAGCCUACCUAGUAUAGAAGACUUGCGAUACAUCAAGGUUCAACGGUUAAUUAUCGAAGGUGAACGUCAUCUGAGUCUUACAUGCAGUUCGAAAAUCGAAAAACCGCUACAAUGUGAUGGUCCAUAUCCCGAUGUGUUGUGGCGUUCGGCGAACGAUUUGACAUUUGGACCGAAACGCAAAGCUUCCGAGAACGUUUAUGUGACAAAAAACUGUGAACUCCGUUUCGACGAGGUGCACACAUACGAUAUGGAUAUUUAUUAUUGUUUUCUUCGUAACCCAAAAGAAACAAAUAUAGUCUGGUCCCAACGUCCACGUAUAGCCUAUCGUUUGCGUAUUGAACGGAUCAAAUUUUCCUGGCCGCAUAAAAGCAAUGUCCUGGUCGGUUUAGUGGUGCUCUUUAUUUGGUCCUUAAUUUUGUCCACCCUGUGGGUUGCAUUGAACAUUUACGACGCCUCGGUACGCGAGGGUGCAGUUUUCGAGGCCACGGUAAAACAAGCCGGUGGACGAAUGGCUAGACUGAAAAAGACCUAUUCACCGUUCUCAGACGAAGAUCGUGGUCUGUUUUUUCGUCUAAUGCAGAACGAUUAUGGUGAACGAAACCGGAAGAAGUAG